AGCCUGUUGAGCCUGCGAGGGCACGUUUUUUGCUUUCACUGGAGUGCAAACUUGCCCAAUUCAUUCCACAACGAAAGCGAGUAGAAACAAAGCCUUAUCAGAGAUAAUAAUAAUAAUAAUAAAGGAACUGUCAUUAUAUUUUGCUAAGCCACAGAUAAAACAUAACACAAUUACUGUAGCUAUAAUUAUAUAAAAUGAGAAUACAUUUUUUGAUACGACAAAAGUCGUGCGAGACCUCUGGAUUCCGGCAGCAGACAGAUAUAAAAAAGACGGAAAGCAACAAUGAUAAACGAAAUUGGAACUUGCGAGCGCUAAAGGCUGGCAAGUCGCACUCGGAUGUUUUGCGAAUAUUUGGAGGUGCCGCCGUGUCGCCAUGGGAGCAAUGACGUCCCUUCUAGUCUCCAUCGUCAGAUCCUACUUCAGCCAUGCCGCCCCGGUACAUCAUUUUGGGUUGCCCUUCCCGGCACAGAUGCACAAAACGCUAAGCGCAGAGUUCGUCGCCUCCUUCAAGCAGGUGCUGAUCAUUGGCGACGUCCACGGCUGCUACGACGAGCUCAUGGAACUGCUGCACUCGCAGCGCGCUAAUGACAAGGACACGCUGAAGCUGUUCGUCGGCGAUCUGGUCAACAAGGGGCCCAAGAGCGAGCAAGUCCUCGACUUCAUCAUGGGCAACAACAUCACCUGCCAGAGUGUGCGGGGCAACCACGACGAAGCGGUCCUGAGGGAGUACCUGGCGUCCCGUGACCCGAACUACCAGCUGUCCCCCGAGAACAGCUGGAUUGGGCGCUUGAGCGGCCAGCAAGCCCGCUUCCUCCAGGAGCUGCCCUACACGCUCAGCCUGCCCAGCCUCAAUGCGCUGGUGGUGCACGCUGGCCUCGUGCCCGGACAGGGACUGGCCACCUCCCCCCGGAACAUGGUGAGCAUGCGCAACCUGCGUGUGCGCGACCCCUGGGAGCAGGGGGGCAUCCUCGGCGUCAGUAACGAGUGCGAGGGAUCCGUGCCCUGGGGCAGCCUCUGGAAUGGCCCUGCCCACGUGUACUUUGGCCACGAUGCCAAGCGCAUGCUGCAGACGUGGCCCCGCUGCACGGGCCUCGACACGGGCUGCGUGUACGGCAAUAGCCUGACCGGCGUCUUCGUCACGGGGCCCUCCGCCGGGAAGAUGGUGUCCGUCAAGGCGUUGCAAAUGCACAAAAACCCACUGAAGUCUGAACUGUGAAUGGGUGCCCCCAUGGCGGUGGGACAGAGUACCAAUAAACGGCUUCGAUUGUUGGUGCAAGCCUCGAGAGCUUGCUUUGCACA